GGGCGCUUGGACGCCGUUAUUAACACUGAUUAAUUUGCCACGCCGUUUGAUCGAUUUGUCAAUUACGAGUUUUUCCGUAACACCUUGGCCAGACAAUGACGCCGCUCCCGGCGUGCUGGCUGCCGACGGAGAAACCGCUGCGCUCCGCCGCCGAGGCGGAGCACAGCUGCUGGUGAAUUCACGCUGAUCCUCGUGUUCUUUUCAUUGCGCUAAGCCUUUAUUCUCGCGGAUUCUCCCCCCCGCAGGUUAUUUCGCGUUUCGCGCACAGCGGCUGUAACGCCGUUCUGCGCGAAAGUGCCGCUGCGAACGUUUUCAUCGACUGCUCCGUAGCAGAACGUUCGAAGUCAGCCGGCUGUGGCAGAUUCUUUCAUUGGUUUUAUCGACUUCUCAUCAGAGGGCCGAGCAGCGACGUCAACCUUUCAGUCCUCCAGUCGGACUCUGCUCUGGUUUGCCCUCUUUUUGUGUGUGUUGUUGUUUAGCGCAGAGGGAUUACUUUCUAUCGAGACCGAUACUUCCUUCGCAAGGGCAGUGGGACGCUGUUACGCAUGUCACACGGCGCAUGUUCCUUUCGGUACAGCAGGACGCAGCAAGUUUUCAACCUCCCGCGUCAAAGAGGCUUCUGGUUGCGAGGCCUUGGUGCAUGUAAACACACUAUGUCACUUGGGUUUAACUUCCACGCAAACAGAUCACUUGGGAUUUGCAGGCGGAGGGAAUUUGGUUGAAAUGGUCAAACGUUCCGCCUGCAACCGUAGCCAACGACUCCUUGAUGAUGUUAAGAUCUCGCUGCUUCUGAAGUUUUAAGAGAUUGCUCAUGUGGCGUUUCAUACAUGUGCUACUUCCCUAGCCCACCUACAAAGCGUUUCUUGAGUAAGCCCCAGAUAACUCGCCUGGGUAAUGCCACGGAGGUCCAAACCAUAGACCCCCGUGCUGGAAGGAUGCUCAUGACCAAGGUUCAGCACAACAGGCAAAAGUACCGUUACGACAGCAGCCAUCAAAUCAAGGCCAAACCUGACUUGAACACAACACUACCGGUUCGGCAGACAGCAUCAAUCUUUAAACAGCCAGUAACAAAAGUAACAAAUCACCCCAACAACAAGGUGAAGAUAGACCCGCAUAAAUCUGUGGAUCAACCAAAACAAUUAUUUUGGGAGAGGAAGUUGAGUGGUUUGAGUGCAUUUGACAUUGCAGAGGAGUUGAUGAAGACCAUGGAACUUCCCAAGGGGUUACAGGGUGUUGGACCAGUGUGCUCAGACAAAACCCUGCUCUCUGCCAUUGCCAGUGCCCUGCACACCAGUCCAACACCCGUCACUGGACAGCUGACUGCUGCAGUGGAGAAAAAUCCUGGGGUCUGGCUCAACACAUCACAGCCUCUCUGCAAAGCCUUCAUGGUGACUGAUGAUGACAUCAGGAAACAGGAGGACUUGGUGCAUAAUGUGAGGAGGAGGCUUGAAGAAGCCCUCAUGGCAGACAUGUUGGCUCAUAUAGAGGAUGCUGCUGCUGAAGCUAAGUCAGUGGCCAGCACACCAGAGGAGAAGAAGGAACACAAGGAUGAGAUGGAUUUAUAGCCAAGGCUUGCUGGAUGACAAGAAGUCAGCUGGUAAACUGUAUACUCUACACGCAUAAAGGACUUUAUGACUAAAUUCAUUCCAUCAUGAAGACUUUACUUACACUUGGUAACUGAUAUGGACCUCAGAUGCAGUCACCCUGCAGAUCAUACCAUAAAAAAAGUUAACAAAAUGGAUUCUAUUCAUAAUUGGAAUUUUUUAAAAACUACAUUUGGGUCUUGUUCUCUGAAAGGGUGCUUUGAAGUUUUAUGGUUAAUGUUCACCUCUAUUUUUACCUCCACUAAUAUGUUGACACAUGGAUGGUGCUCUACACAAUACAGUUUUGAUAAACUUUUCCUGAAGUUCAGAGUGGAAAUGCGAAGUGUGUGUGUGUGUGUGUGUGUGUGUGUGUGUGUGCGCGCGCGCGCGUGCGUGCAGGCGCGUGUUUGCUUGUGUGUGCACGAGAGACAGAGUGAAUCAGAGAGAAUGAGUAUCAUUGCUCUGAAUACAAGAGUGUCAGUUGUGUUCGCUAGUUGAGAGCCUCAGCUCGUUCUUUUUUUAAAUGGUUCUCCCAAAGCGCCCUGCUGUGUUUCGUCCUACCGUGGCACUGUAGGGAGCAUGGCAUGCCUUGGGAAGUGUUGAAUGGGUGCGUUUAAAUGCACACAGUACUCUGGUUACUGUGAAUCACGCUGAUGUGUGAUAAUCAGAGCAUUUAAGAUGCAAUUUUACCCCUUGACUCAGUUUUUAGAUGGAGCUGUCCGAAAGUUUUGUCCCAAUUAUCUGUUUCGAGAAAAAAAAAGGUUGUUUUUUUAGGGGGUAAAAUUGCAGGCGUUGGCUCAAAUGUAUUCACAUCGGAUUUCUCAACUGAUAAAUGACAAGUCAAAGACAAAGAACACCUUGAGAAAAAAUGUUACCCAUUAUACUGCUGGUGUGCUCUUGAUUGUACCUCAUUUUUCAAACAUGUUCAUUUUAGGUCUUUGUACCACGUUGCUGUCACAAGGAA